AUGUAUUUUCUUAUAUUAGAAAAUAAAAGGUACUUUUGUAAAGACUGAGAUUGUAGUUCCUUGCCAACCAACAACCCAUAUAAUACUCUACUCCCCAACACCAAAACACAACACAAACUUAGAAAUGGAAGAAGAGAAGAGAUUGGAGCUUAGACUGGCUCCUCCCUGUCAACAAUUCACAUCCAACAACAACAUCAAUGAAUCUACACAAAGAAGCCUCACCAAAGAAACAGCAUUUGUUUUCAAUAACAGGGCUGAGACAGCUCUGGUGGUGGGAUGGCCGCCGGUAAGAUCAUCCCGGCGAAACCUUACGGUGCAGCCAAAAGAGGAGAUGAAGAAGGGAGUGAACGAUGAAUUGAGAGAGUUGUACGUUAAGAUCAAUAUGGAAGGAGUUCCCGUUGGAAGAAAAGUCAACCUCUCCGCUUUUAACAACUACCAACAGCUUUCACAUGCUGUUGACCAACUCUUCUCUAAGAAAGAUUUGGCUGAUGUAAACAGACAAUACACUUUGGUCUACGAAGACACUGAAGGAGAUACCGUUCUGGUCGGAGAUGUUCCGUGGGAGAUGUUUGUAUCGACAGUGAAGAGAUUGCACGUUUUAAAGACCUCACACGCCUCCAUGCUCUCACCUAGAAAACAUGGCAAGGAAUAAAGUGAGGUUACCAAUAUCAUCAGUUCGAUGUUUUGUUUAAAGUGUAAUUUAUGUAAACCAUGUGGCUUGGCUUGAUUUACUGAGAUUUCUUUAAUUGGUUGGUUAGAUUUUGUUUUUCCAACUUAUGUUCAAUGUUUUUUUUUUUGCUUAUGGAAGACGAAUAUGUGUAAAUAUGCUGUUUGUUUAAGAUGGGUGGUAUUAUUAUGUUA